CUGGGGCAGGAAGCAAAGCUUUAAGGAUCAUGUGAUCUCCCUGGGGAGCACCCUGGGGGCUUGUCACCCACACUUGAGUGACAAGCAGUGAGCCUGACUGGAGCCCUGCUGCUUGUUGUGUGUACUGUGGGCUGCUUCUCUCUCCUACCCUGAAGAGUGGUCAGGGAAGGCCUCCAGGAAGAAGCAGCCGCCUGUGGCAGGAAGAGCAGUGGUAAGGAUUGCCCAGAAGGGACUAAUGUGAAGAAACACAAUGGAGGAAGUAAAGGCGAGAACACAGGGGGUGGAGUGGCCCAGACGAGACUGAGAGGGAAUAGCGGGGGUUGGUGGACACAGCCAGGGUGGGCCCAGGCCUAGUGAACUUUGGAAAUACUUCCGAUUGGGCUGGGAAUAUAACUCAGUGGUAGAUCAAUUUCCUUAGCACACCCAAGGCCCUGGUUUAAACCAAUACUGCUAGAGAGGCAGGUAGGCCUCAGAAUGGCAACCAGGAGAGAGAAGAGUCUUAAGGAUGGGGCCAGGGCUGUGCAGUUCCCAUCCUUGGGGUGCACAGCUGCCUCAGGAUGGGGGAGGGUUCAGAGCUCGUGACUCAGGGCAUCCAUCCUGUGGUAAAACACUCACGUCCAGCUGAUCCAGGUACAUGCGCAAGAGGCAAUGGUCCCCCAGUGGCCUCAACUCCCCAUAGGCGUGUGUAGUCUUGGAAAGGCAAGAACCCUAAGGUUCUGCUGUCCCUUCAGUGAAGCCCAGGCUCCCCUCCCCCUAGCCCUGCAGCUGUCUCUGGACAGAGGGAGGGGGAAGUGGCCAGAAGGGGAAGUCAGAGGAGCUCCCGUCCAGCCAGCCUGUCACCAGUCUCCUCGGGUCUUCAGAACAGCCGUGGUCAUGGAGUCUGUGGAGGCCCCGGUCAAGGAUGGCAUCCUCUACCAGCAGCACGUGAAGUUUGGCAAGAAAUGCUGGCGGAAAGUGUGGGCUCUGCUGUAUGCAGGAGGCCCAUCAGGUGUAGCUCGGCUGGAAAGCUGGGAUGUUCGUGAUGGUGGCCUGGGGCCAGCAGGCGACAGAUCCACAGGGCCUGGCCGACGAGGCGAACGUCGGGUCAUACGCUUGGCUGACUGUGUGUCUGUCCUGCCUGCGGAUGGUGAGAAUUGUCCCAGGGACACUGGCGCCUUCCUGAUCACUACCACUGAACGAAGCCACCUGCUGGCUGCACAGCACCGCCAGUCAUGGAUCGGCCCCAUCUGCCAGCUGGCCUUCCCAGGCAACGGAGAGUGUUCUUCCAGAUCGGGGCAGGCUGAGACUCCAAAAAGGGGCUUUGUUGCCAUGGAGGAAAACUCUAUCUACUCCUCCUGGCAGGAAGUGGGUGAGUUUCCAGUGGUGGUGCAGAGGACAGAGGCCACCAGCCGCUGCCGCCUGAAAGGGCCUUACCUCCUGGUGCUGGGCCAAGAUGAUAUUGAACUUCGGGAGACUUCCAGCUCCCAGGCCUGCUACAGCUGGCCGUACCAUUUCCUGCGCAAGUUCGGCUCUGACAAGGGCGUGUUCUCUUUUGAAGCUGGCCGCCGUUGUAACUCGGGUGAGGGCCUUUUUGCCUUCAGCAGUCCACGUGCCCCAGACAUAUGCGGAGCUGUGGCUGCCGCCAUUGCCCGCCAGCGGGACCGGCUUCCAGAACUGGCCAUGUCCCCACCCUGCCCCCUGCCUCGGGCCCUUUCCCUACCCUCCCUAGAGCCCCCUGGAGAGCUUCAGGAGGUGGCCCCGGGAUUUGAGCUAGCCACUUCCAGAAAGCUGCCUAGGACUGACCCUGGGCCUCAAAGCCUGCCACUGCUGCUCAGCCCCUCACAAGAUGGAACAGUAUCUGGUCUGUAUGCGUCUGUGUCCAAGCAGACCAGCAGGCCCGCAGCCAGUGGGAAUUACCUCUAUGAGAACCUGUGCAUGCUGGAGACCAGUCCUGAGCUGUCCAAUGGGGCUCCCGAGUCCCAAGAGGGCCCUCUUGGUGGCCACAGCCCCCUGGCCAGCCCCAUCUACCACAACAACGAGGACCUGAGUUGGCCUGGCUCGGCCCAGGACAGCAGCCUGGAAGCCCAGUACCGGAGGCUGCUAGAGCAGGAGCUGGACGAGGCUGCCAGCCCUGGCCGCUCUGGUGCACAAGCAGGCAUCAAGGCCAAGCUGGUGACCCUGCUGACUCGAGAACGGAAGAAGGGCCCUGCUCCCUGUGACCGGCCCUGAAGGCCUGUGCAAAGGUGAUGCCCCAGGAAAUGGAGGGAGCAACUUCAAACAUAUCCCCCGCCUCCUCUGACAAGCAGAGACGAGCCAGGCAGCCUGGGGAGGAGCCACACACUGCCCUAUCCACUCCCAGCAGAGAGUGUACAGAUUGACCAAAAAUAAAACUUGCCUACCGAC